GCACGCGCAGUUCACGGCGGAAGUGGCGUAAGCAGCAGGAAUGGCGUUGGACGGCUCGUCCACGUCUGUGAUGAUGGCUCACAGUAACACAUAUCACAGUCAUAUGUCGGAUUAUUACAGCAGAAAAGUGAGCAGUACACCUGAUGUAGUGCCCUCAGGAGUGACCGAGAGAAAGAUGUCUCCUUCAGACAGACCUGAUAUGAUGGCGCUGGAUGUCAUUCAUAUAAAAGACUCUGAUGUUCCAGUGCACAGGAAGAAACAUGAAUCAUCAGACACUUAUGUACUGCUGGGCACCAUACAUCCUUUCCGGAAAACUCAUCGCUCCAUCUUGGGAAAAUUUUCCCAGGAGUGUAGGUUGGUCGCCUCUGACAGACGGUCCUGGAGGAUUCUUCUGUUUGGUGUAUUAAAUCUGAUGUGUACAGCCUGUCUGCUGAUGUGGUGCAGUUCCACUAACAGUAUGGCAUUAACUGCGUACACAUACCUCACUAUCUUCGAUCUCUUUAGUCUAAUCACCUGUUUGCUAAGUUUUUGGGUGACCACAAAGAAGCCCAGUCAGAUCUACACUUUUGGAUUCGAGAGGUUUGAAGUGUUGGCCGUGUUUGCCUCUACUGUGCUGGUUCAGCUGGGUGCUCUCUUCAUCCUGAAAGAAAGUGUUCAGCGAUUUAUGGAGCAGCCAGAGGUUCACACUGGUCGUUUGCUGGUGGGAACAUUGGUGGCUCUGUUUUUUAAUCUCUUUACUUUACUGUCCGUCAAGAACAAGCCUUUUGUCUUUGUAUCUGAAGCUGCAAGCACCAGCUGGCUUCAGGAACAUGUGGCUGAUCUGAGCCGAAGUCUAUGUGGACUCAUCCCAGCUCUGAGCAGCGUUUUAUUGCCCAGAAUGAAUCCCUUUGUGCUGAUAAACCUCGCUGGAGCGUUUGCUCUGGGCAUCACGUAUGUGCUCAUUGAAAUCAAUAACUAUAAUGCGAUGGAUACGGCCUCUGCAGUCGCAAUCGCUCUCAUGACCUUCGGCACCAUGUAUCCCAUGAGCGUGUACAGUGGGAAGGUUCUGCUUCAGACCACACCCUCUCAUGUGAUUGGCCAGCUGGAUAAACUUCUCAGAGAGGUCUCCACACUGGAUGGCGUUCUUGAAGUCAGAAACGAGCAUUUCUGGACCAUUGGCUUUGGCUCUCUGGCGGGCUCCGUCCACGUUCGCAUUCGCAGGGACGCUGAUGAGCAGAUGGUUUUGGCCCACGUGACCAACCGCUUGAACACGCUGGUGUCCACACUUACUGUUCAGAUAUUCAAAGACGACUGGAGCCGGCCCUCUCUGACCGGUGCUCUCCCGACCGGUUCCCUCAAUCUGUCCGAGUACGUCAGUUCUGCUGCAUUUCCUUCUGCGAUGUUUAAACAGCAUGAAGAGUCGAACCCCAUCACCUCUACACCUGCGAAACCCAGCAGUCCACCGCCCGAAUUCUCCUUCAACACUCCGGGUAAACACGUCCAGCCUGUCGUGUUUCCGAUGGCCCAUCAGCAGCGGCCCUAUAACGUUCAGAUGGCCUACGGGACGUCGGCUUACACCAGUGUGCUGAGGCAGGGCUUUCCCAAUGCUGCCGGUGGUGUGCCUGGAAUGAGGCUGGGCUUUGGGAUGGGGACACAAAUGCCAUCCGUUCAAGGCUAUAGGACUCUAAAUACAGUCCCACACAGACCAUCACCGACAGACCAACAGAGACUAUGAGCAGAUCACAUUACAAUAUCAUACUGCUAAACCCUGAGCUUAUUUAUUUCAGCGGGACCAUAGAGAGCGUUUUUUUCCUUUACGAAUGGUUUUACUUUAUUCUGUAAGGCUGUAUUAUGUUUUUGAUUAGUUUUUCUUUUCAUGUAUGUUUCAUAGAGAUCUUUUAAUACUUUUGAGUUUAUGAAACUGAUAGUUACACAACAAACAUCUGUCAUUCCCUGCACAAAACAUUUGACCAAUAGCUAUUAAAAUGUGUGGACAAAAACAUUUCAUUAAAUCAUUUCCACAGAUAA